UAUUGCUGAGGGUCGUCACACUGUUUUUCAUGUUUGUUUUGCUGUUGGAUAGUUGUUGGUUAAAUGGUUAAAUGCUCUGAAAUGCACGCCAUGCUGUGUUAAUAAUUGAUAAUCUCGUGGUAUGCAGUCAAAAAAAAAAAACAAAAUAAAAAUCCAAUCCUUUCGGCCCGAAAGUUGUCCAGAUCGUGAAACAUAGAGAGGGUGGGGAGGGAUACGACGAUGUGUUUCAAAUAAGCCUUCAGAUUGAUUAAAAACUCCCGAAAAUGUAAAAAAAACGUCACAUAGAAGAAGCGCGCGCACACACACACACCCACGACGCCCCACACGGAGGACACUAAAGGUGGUGGUGCCACACACACACUGUACAUAAACAAAGUGAUUUUAGAUGAUAGAUAUCGGAAAAACUACAAGUUCGAGCCAUCAGUAGAGCAAUCAACAACCAUUCGAUAAAAACAGCAACUACUAGCUAGCGGUGGCAACAAAAACGAUUAGCAACAAUGCUGCACAACAACACUCAAGAUAAUGCAGAGCCAACAACAACAACAGCAACAACAACACCAACAGCAACAGCUACAACAACAACGGGCCAUGAAACGGAGCCAACAAUUUCAACGCACUUUGCGACAACAGCAGCCGCCACAAAUGUGGCGACCCGUGUAACGGAAACAGUGACAGUAGCAGCAGAGGCAGUUUCUUCGCCGCCCCCCGCCGCAACAGCAGCAUCGCCAGAAGCAGCAGCCGAGGGCCAAGCACUGACAGCUCCACCAUCGACAUCGUUGUUGCUGCUGUCACCUGUGGCCGAGAGAACCGAAUUAGCUGAAACAGCUGAUGUGUCUGGUGCUGCAAGUGCAGCUGCAGCUGCGGCUGCGGCUGCGACUGCUCAGCAGCAGCCAUUGUCAUCGGUGGCACGGACCGGGCCCGCAGUCGAUGUACAGAUGCGUACGCACCAAAGACAAAAAAUAAAGAGCUACCACGAUGCAAAGCAGACAGCGGUAUGGCGCACCGAUUCACUGGUCUCCAAUCCCAGCUCGACGAUGUGCCCGGACUCCUCCCUGACACCCGCCGCGGCAGGGGUGGUGGUUGGGCUGCCCAUGAGAGGUGUUGUCCUGUCCACUGCGCCAAGUAUAUUGCAGCGGAAAUCGUCGGACAGCUCGUUGCUGGUUGCCAUACCCCGUCGUGUCUCAUUUCCGGACAACGCGUUGGUCACUGGCUAUCUGGAACCGGCCAAUCCAUGGAAACAAGCCUGCCUAGUGAGGAGCAUUACCGAGAUCGUGGAUCAGUACGACCAGUCGUGUCGGAAGCAUCGCACAGAGCCGCUAGAGAGCAUCUUGAAUCACCUGAAUGGGCUGGAUCUGACGCUGCAGGCGCGGCAGCCGCUGCUCUCCCUCAAAGGCAAUCAACUGACGGCCAACGAUUGCGAGGCCCUCGAGGAGAUAUUCAAAAGGAUACAAUACAAAACCAUCGAUCUGUCGGAAUGCGCGCUGGACGAGAGCUGCUUGAGCCCGCUCUUCCAGAUGAUCGAGUACUAUGAGGCGGCCAUCGAGCUGGAUAUAUCGUACAACAAGGAGACGAUGACGAAGCGCUGCUGGGAGCUGUGCGCCUACAUGGUGGAGCGCAGCCAAGAGCUGCAGCUGCUCAAUGCCGAGAGCAAUCAGAUCACCCGACUGGGAGCCGAAAGCCUGGGCCGCGCCUUGCAAUCCUCUAAUCUACACACGCUCAAGUUGGAGCACUGCGGCCUGAGGGGACCGCCACUCACCGAACUAUGUAAGCAAAUGCCGAACGAAUCAAAUUAUUGUUUUGUCUACUAUUUAUGGAUUUUUACAGGCCAUGGGCUUCAUAAGAACAAGAUGCUCAAGGAGCUGUGGAUGGGCUACAACGAUCUGGAGUGUACGGACGCUAAGCACAUAGCCGAUAUGCUGCGCUACAACCACAGUCUGGAGCUAAUCGACAUAAGCAACAACAACAUUCGGGACGAGGGCUGUAUGUAUCUGUUGCAAGAUCUGAUCCUUCAAUCAACAGAACUGGAACGUCGACUGGGCGCCCUGAAGCGUGCGCGAGCCAUAGAGGUGGAUGAUUCCAUGGAGACGGACUACAGUCCAUCAUCAGUGUCCCAAUCAGAGACGAACUUUAGUUUUUGUGAAGACCGUGUGAAAGAUGUCGUCGACAAGACCAAUGACGGGGUGUCGACUGCCGCUGGCGAGCCAUCGACAGCUGUGGAGCAGCCACCAGCAUCCUCGAGCAACAGCGAGGCAGCUGUGGCGAUCCUGGUAGAGGUGGAGAACGAUAACGAGGACGACAACACCGAGGAUGAUACUGUGCGCACUGUGAAGAACUGCAAUGGCAGUAGCGGCGGCGGCCAGUCAAUGCUGGACAAGCUGCUCUCAAUGAAUAGCGACAGCAGCAGCAGCAUGGAGGAACCGCCAUCCACGGAUACACUGGCUGCCUGUUGCUCCGAGGACAUAAGCGAGAUCAGCAAUGAGAUAUUUGAUGCAAGCGGGAAGCAACAGCAACAGAAGCCACAGUCAGAAGAAGCAAAAGCAAAAGAAAUUACUGAAGGAGCGACAGAAGAAAGCUCGACAGAUGUGGAAGCCACAUCGAUGGCUUCUGCAGCCGAGGACAGCACGGAGGAGAUACAACAACAGCAGCAACAGCAGCAAAGUUCCCAAAAUGAACGCAACUUAUGUGAUAUUACUCCCUCAACAGAGGCUAAAACCGUUGAACCGAAACCCAAUGAAUCCUGUGUACAGAACAACAACAGCAUCAACAACAACAACAACACUACCCAAGCAGCAGUUGCAGCAGCAGCAUCAACAGCAGCGCCACAAAAUGAUAAAGAUACUGGGGUCAGUCUCAGUCACAGUCACAGUCCAAGCGCAAGCUCCACGCCGCCAGCAGGCAUCUAUGAAGUAACCGCCGAGGAGAGCGAUUGCUGCAUCAAUGGCGGCGGCAAUGGAGUGGCAAUGGUGGGCGGAUCGCGACCGCUCGAUGUAAAUAAAAACACCAAGAGCGCAGGCGACGACUUUGAGGACACGCACAGCAUGGACUCGGCGUUUGAGAGUGCAUCCGAAGGUGAUAUUAGUCGCCAUCUGCCCGACGAGUUUAGCCGUUUGUCCGUGUCGCUGGAGAGCACGCGACUGGAUGACAUGGCCAAGGAGAUGGGUGGCAUUGAGACGGCCACCAUUGCCACAGAGUCUACAGAGUGUCUGCUGGUGGCAGAGGAGGCGGCGGCGCCUGUGGCGGCUGCGGUCACCCCCACGCCGCUCCCCAAUGAUUCAUUCCAGCAGCCGAAGGUGACCAUUGCCGAGGAGUGCCGUCCAAGCACAUACUCCUAUACCGGUCCCAGUCCCACGCCAACGCCGCCACCGCCCUCCACAUCGCCAGGCGGGGCAAGCAUCGGAAUGCGACGCACCGAGUCGAGUUGUGCGUACCUCAAUCAGUCCACGCGCAAUUGGUCGCACAGCGCGGAGAGUCUGUGCAGCGAUAUAUCGUUGGAUGGCAACAACAGCAACAACAGCACCAACAGCACCGGCAACGAUCCCGAUUUUGCGGAUAAGCUCACGAAGAACGACACGCUUUCCAGGCGGCAGCUGGCGGAAGCGGCCAACCUCGAGGCAGCCAAUCGGGCGCCCAGCGGCCUGAAGGCCCUCACCAUGUGGAAUAAUAACCUCACCAAGGAAUGCGCCGCCAGUGUGGCCGAGCUGCUGGAGAAGACCAUUUCGCUGGAGCUGCUCAACAUUGGAAAGAACUGCCUGUCCAAUGAUUUUGUGAGCACCAUCAAGGAGAGCCUCACCAAGAACACUACCCUCACGACGCUGGGGCUACAGAGUGCCCAUCUAAGUGCCAAGGGUAUCGAGACACUGGCCUCCAUUCUCAGCUUCGGGGGCAACAGCAAGCUCCAGCGCAUCGACAUACGUGACAAUAAACUAGAGGUCGAAAGUCUGAACAUAAUCGCCGAGGUGCUCAAGUCCAACAAGACCCUCACCCAGAUCGACAUCAAUGAUGAGCCCAAGCGUCUGACGAUUGGCAGCGAUGCCCAUUUGGACUACACGCGAGUACUGGAUACAGUGCGGUCCAUGUGCUUCAGGAAUGAGAAGAUGCAAGCCCAGGAGCUGACGGAGAAGGCGGCGAUUGUGGGCGGCGCCGGCAUCAACAGCAAUAGCAGCAGCAGCAGUGGCUUCAACAGCGGCUAUCGGUGUCGCGGCGGUUACUACUUGGGCUCACGGAAGAUCUCACUUACCUGCCAGAGCAGGCCAUUUGUGGACGCCAACACAGGCACUGUGACGUCCUUGGCAGCAACCGUCGCCAUGCCCACAUCGGCCGCCGCCCUACUGGAGGUGAAGCGGAAGACGGGCACGCGUCUCCGUUCGCCGGGUCCCAGUCCGCCCACGAUCUCGCCGUCAUCCUCGCCGAAUCGCAGCCGCUUUCAUGUGUCCCGUGUGGCGGAGGUCAGCAGCGGCAGCAUCAGCAGUCCGCUGAUCUCGCCGCUCGCCCAGAUGCCCCCGCAGCAUCCACCCACGCCGCGCUCGGCAAGCAGCUGCAUGUCCAUACCCACCAUCGGCGGCUGUUCGCCCAGCGGCAGCCAAAGCAGCCUAAAUGCGGUGGGUGUGGGCACCCUGCCCACGUCGAGCUCGCUGCCGGCCAUGGCCUCGGUUACGUCCUCGACCCAGACCAUAAAGCGGCUGUCGGUUUCGCCUCGGUCCCGCUUCCAUGUGUCGCGCAUCUACGAGGAUCCCCAGGUUCCAAUGGCCAAUCGUCAGCUGCCACCCAUCACGCCGCACACGCCACCCAUUGAUCUGCCGCCCACACCGAUGUUGAAGUCGUCCCGGAAGGCGGUGCAGCUGUCGGAGGCGGUCGAGGCAGCAGCUGCUGCUGCUGCCACUGCCACAAGCGGCAGUGUAGUGAUCAUCAGCAAUGUAGUAAUUGUGGAGCCAACCAUAGACGAACCAGACGAGAGCGACGCACAGCGAAACAGUACAAAUGCCGACGAGGCUGCGGGACAGAAACUCUCUCCGCAUUUCUCCCACAACUCCCCCAUUUCAUCCAAUUCAUGCUCAACAUCGCCCGGUAGCAGUGGCAGCAGCAUUAGCAGUGGCAGCACCAGCAGCAGCAGCAGCACCAACGCUUGUGCCGGCAGCAGCAGCAGUAGCACCUCCACCGACAUUACAGACUCUAUUAGCUCGGGCCCCCCAUCAGGAUGCUCUGAACCAGUGCCCAGGCUCUGUCCGUUGGCCGUUUUUGGAGACAAUGAUAUAACCCUUACCAAGGAGUCGGCUGCUGUGGUGGCACUCUCGGCCGCUGUGCCAGCGCCAGUGCCAGAGGCAGAUCCAGAGACAGUAGAAACAGAACCAGAACCAGAGCCAGCGCCGGUAAGCAGUCCACAGCCGACGGCACGUUCCCGCAAGACCUCGUGGAUAGCCAAUCCGUCGGCGGUGGACAAGCUGCUCACACUGUUCAAUCCGGGGACGAUAUUCCAGCGCAGUUCCUCGCCAGAGCAGAAGGCCAGUCAGCAGCAGGUUUCAGGGGCCAACACCGCCACAAACAAUGCACAGACAGCAGACGAUGGUAAUGCCACAACACAAACAUCCAUUCUGUCGGUCACGCGAAAAACUUCGCCCUCCUCCUGGACCUCUCUGACCGGCGGGAGCCACUGCGCCACCUCAAACUCUAACUCUAACUCAAACUCCAAUUUGGACAGCGUUUCCGGCACAGGCAGUUCUUCAUUCCUGGACACGGCCUCGCGUCAGUUGCGUGACUUUAGCAAGCAGGUCUUUCGACAGAACAUCUCGUUCAACAACAGCGGCGAUGGGGCAGCCAGCUCGGGGCCAGCAGGCGUCCAGUUGGAUGGGAACGGGGCAACGGGUACGACUACUACCUCGUCGUCGAGCAGCACAGAGUCGGCCUCGCCGCCGGAAUGCAAUGCGGCUCAUAUGCCGCCUAGCCUGAAACGGCAGCUGAAGGAGAACAUCUCCCCAGAGCACACCAUCAACGAGGAGACGCUGCACACGCUGCAAAAGCUGUCGCGAGUGGAAGAUGUGGCGACCCUCAAAGCGGAGGCGGCCGCAGAGUUGGGCGACAUUGAGAUAGUGAUGUACAGCGAGGUUGUCCAUUGCCUACCUGAGGAGCCGACGCAAAAUCAGAAGUCGGAGCCGGAGUAGAAGGCCUCGAGCAUAGUCUUGGAGGAAACGCACAGCACUGAGUAGGAUGAUGAUCGGCUACUUACAAACAAACAUAGAACCUAAGCAAAUUUAUCGUGUGCAAUUGACAAUGUUGAGCGGCAGAGAAAUGGAAAGGAAAGGAAAACCGACUAAAGAACCACCCACCCAGCAUUCCCAUGGCGCUCCUUUGAACCGAAACCACCCCACCCGCCUUGAAAAAUGAUGAUGACGAUGAUGAAAGAAUGUGGAGGGGCCUCUCUUCGAGACCCUCCUGUAACUAAAAUAACUAUUAACAGAAAGAGAAUCAGAAACAACAAAUAUGAAGAAGUACACAAGUUAGUGGUAACUUUUGUUUUAUUUUUGGUUAAAUUCGUUUUAAGUUAAAAAAAAUACUUAUCGACCAGAAAACAAAUUACACACAGAAGAGAGAAAAUAUAAAUAUAUUUUAAUUAUGAAACUAUGAAAACUAUAUAUGAUAUAUGGCAUAUUAAAUGCAAAAACUAAAAUGGAUAAACUUCUAUGAAUGUAUAAAAACUAAAGAAAACAAAAAGAAAACCUGUACACACACAUAAACCAUCCCCAAGAAAAGAAAAUAACUAAAUGUAAACCAUCCAUUGGCCCACAGUGUCGCCGAGUGUCGAUUGCUGGAUAUUGAAAAGUUGCAUAGAUCUUAUCUAGGAAAAACCAUGUGAAACUUAAUUGAAAAAAACUUGUACUUACCCAUCAUCCAAAAACCCACAUUGUUAUACACAUUACUUAAGUUAAUUUUAACAGGAACGAAACGGAACUUAAUUAGGGAAACCCUCCCACCAUAUAUGGAAUGAAGGUUGGGUGAGCCUGCCCAAGUAUUAUGAAUUGGAAUAACUUUCAAAGAACACUUAAAUUAGGUACUUAAUCAACAUAAUUAAACGGAAGAAACCACACCCAAAUCCUGUAGGCAAUCUUAAGUUCAAUGACAUUGUGCAAUUAAUCGUACAUUCUUAUACACAAUACACAACACACACACACACACACACACACACAUACAAAACGGAAAUGGAAGCGCACGCGAAAACUAAACAAAACAAACGAUACGAUACGAAACAAAACAAAACAAAACAAGCACCCAAAAUAAAUCCAAUUGAUCUCAUUAUGUGAUAUUUGUCGUAGUGCCCAAAGCGUUCACUGUAGUACGUGUAUCUUACAUAUAACCAAAACAUACGA